UCAGCCUUCCUCCUCCUCCUCCUCUUCCCCUCCUUCCUUCCCAAAUAACCGGCUCUUGCUUCUCCUUCCUCCACAAGGAAAGGGUGGGCUGGGCUGGCUUGGUAGAAGAGGAGGAGGAGGAGGGCACAGAGAAAGCGAGAGAAGGGGAGAAGAAUGAGGGAAGCUCUCCAUUAGCUGGAUGAAGAAGAGGAGGAGGAGGAGGAGGAGGAGGCGUCCCCUCACUCAGCAGCCCCUUCCCCCGUGAAGAAGAGCCGGGAAAGGCCCCAGCCAGGAACCACCCCCAGCCCUUCUCUUUCUCCUUCUCUCUCCUCCUUCCCUCAUGGAGAGCCGAGGCCCAGCAGACUGCCUCCCCAGCUCUUUCCUUUCUCCUCCUCCCUUGCUGCCAUUGUAGCCUGAGGAGGGGAGGCCAGGGAGGCCUUUCCCUGCAGCCUGGCAACCCCCCUUCUCGCUCCUGGGGAGGUUUCUGCCCCUUCCAAGCCUGAAGCCCGCCUUUUCCCACGGUGUCUCCUCUCUCUUCCUGCCUUUUGGUCCAAGCCUUGCAGGUUCCCCUUCCCUUCUGGCCUCAGUGUGUGGCUCUCCCUUUCGCCUAAUCCCCUGCCCUCCUCCCUCCUUUCCCUGGCUUGCCCUCCCCGCCUCCUCCUCUCAGGCUUGAACUCGCUUGCCGCCUCCUUCUCAGUCCUCCUCCAUCUCUUGCCAUCCUCUCCUCCCCACCUUGCCUCCCUGGCUGCCUUGGCCAGCGUCUUGCCCAGCCUUAGGAGGGGCCAACCCUGCCUGCCUUGGGUGUCUUUUAGGGGGGAAAGGAGCGCUGGCUGGCCUCCCUCCCCAUGCCUUUGCUGCCUCUGCCGGGUUUGGAUGCUCAGAGGAGGAAGCGGGAAGCCCGCCCAGCUCUUCUGUCUUCGGGGGGAUGCCGGCGGUGGCCGAGGAGGAGAGGAGGCCGAUGACGGCGAGGAUGAGGAUGAUGAUGACUUGAGGCUUGGCUCGGCCAUGGAUGGGAUGACCUGCUUCAUGGUCGCCUUGGCCUGGCUGGUGCUGGCUGCCCGGGGUCCCCCCUGGAGCCUCGCCCGCCGCCGGGAGCUUUGGGAGGGUCGCCCAGGCCUGCUCCUGCCCCUCUUGCUCGCUCUGCCGGCUUCUCUGGCGGGGCCACCGGCAGAUUACAUAUAUUUGGAGCAGCAGAACAUUUCAUCUCUUUUUCCAAGUCAAAGCACCAUGAACAACAUGACGCAUGAAGCCUUAACAAAAAGCACAAUAGAGUCCAAGGCAAAUGAUGUGUUUCCUGAGGGGUUUUUAUCAUCUGUUGCUUCAUCUUCUGAGGUGACCUUUACAAACCAAGAAGGAAAAAGUACCAUCUCAGCUGAACAAAACAUACAAGCAUUGGAUAUUUCAGUAACAAGCAAUGAGGCACUCUUAAGUGAUGAUAGAUUUAUUAGCGCAUUUCCAAAUGCGCAACAGACUCCUUCAUUAAAAUCUUUUACAGAGGACUAUCAUUCAGGUUCCUAUCCAGUGAAACCAACAAAAGUACCAUUACAAACGCUAUUGUUAGCGUCUUCAUUAUCUGUUCAAUCCUCACUGCUUGACUACACGGAAACACUGCAAACAACUUUGCAAAGGGCUGCUUCUGCCCCCCAUGAUUCUUUGCCAUAUUUGAAGCCUUUUGACUUGACUGGUGUGACUCUGACUCCAAGCAGAUACUUGCUCACAUCCCUGACUUACUUAAAUUCUAUGGCAGUGGUGGAUAAAACGGUUGGAAAAGAGAGGGAGAGUUCCCCCUUUUAUGCACUGUCCUCAACAUCUUUGCUUUCUGAUACUACUGAGGAAAGUUCACCCCUAUUUAUGGCACAGAUAAAUGAGGAUACCCAGAUUAUACCAGAUGUUUUAACAAAAAACCUUGAUGCAUACACUGAGAUCCAUUAUAAUAUCAAUAGUAGUGUGACAGGAACUCUCAGUUUAAGGAAUUUGUCUGUUCUGAGCAUUUUAAAGGAAACUCCUAUUUCAAUAGUUAACACAGAGGCUGUUACGUUUUCAACACAUCUUCCUUUUCUUUUUCUCUCUGCUCCCUCAGAUAGAGUACUGACUGUUUCUAAUAAUAUUUUCAGUGAGGAAUUGUUUUCUCAUAAAGCCUCCAGAAGUGCAGCAUCAGUUUUACAUGGCAGUUCAGAAGUAAGAACUCAAGUUGAGCUCGUCAGUGGCUCUACAAGCCCAGUGCCUUUCACUAGACCAUAUGCUUCAUGUUCAUACUGUGACUUCACUUCAGUUCCUUCAGAGCCAUUUUUUUCAGUGCAGCCAUCAGAAACUGAUGUUGGCUCAGGUGAUUAUGUUGAGACUCUGUCAUUCAUGACCUCUGAAAUAAAAGGUGUUACUCCAGUUACAUCAGUAGUUAGUGACCCAUAUGAUGUACAGGAGUCUCCUCCAGAAGUCUUUGAUACUACCUUUCCUUCAAGACCAGUUGUUUCAUUCUCCUCAAGGUUUACAGAAGUCUCCAAGUCAGAUGCUAUGGGAAAUAGCCUUAAAAACGUAAUAUUUACGUCCAUUUCCCCUCCUUAUGCCCAGUUUUCUGGUGUAAUAUCACUGGAGAGCACUUAUGUCAGUUUCCCCAAGUCUGUGACUAAGACAAUUACAUUAAUGUCUAAUAUUGUAGAAGAAGUACAAUUUUCUGUUGCCACAGUUUCUCCUGAAUCUGCUUUCAUUGAAAGUGUGAGCACACCAUCCAUGACAAUCAUGACUUCAAGUCUGUUGGAAACACCUGAAUUUAUGCCAUCAGAGGCUACACAUUUCCCUGGCAAAACAGUUGAGGGUUUCCCCACAGAAGAAUCUGCUGUGUAUAGAUCAGCCAUUCCAUCCAGCCUUUCAUUAACACUUUCUCCCUCUGAGCCAGAUGUCUUGUCACAUUUGUCAUCUGUAAUAGCCACAUCUUUCAUGAUAAUGCCAAGUGAUUUAUCAACAUUUUUACCUCUCAUUUCACCUACAUUCCUUUCAUCAUCUGUGUUUCUUGACAGUUCUCCUACUUGGGGUUCUGCUGAGCUCCCAGCUGUUGAUGUUACAGACAUAGAGACAUCCCAGCCUUUUUCAUGGCAAUCUUUGUUGUUUAAUGCAAGCUCAUUUUCCAUUCCAGUCAUACACAGUUCUGCAACAGUGCCAUCAAGUUUCUAUAUGAACUCCUCUAUGUUCCUGGAACCAUCAUCAAUCUUAGUGAUGGAAUCUGAAUUUCACUUUACCUCAGCUUUCUCAGAAGCUACCUCUCAGUUUGAAUCAUCGUCCUUUGCCAUUGAUGCAAGUGCCCCUAUGCAGGUGCUGCCCACCUCUGUUUUGGAGCCUGUUUUCACCAGCAAUAUCUUGGGUGAUGAACCACAUGUGACCUCAUGGUUCUCCUUACUGCAGACAACCACUGUCUUGGCAUCUUCAUCCCCUUUCUAUACAGCUACUGCUGCUGUCGAGGAAACUGGUGCUACUACUAAUCUCAGUUUGGUUUCCUCUUUCACUGAGUCAGCUGCUGACACACAUUUUUUUACAGCCACCCCUUAUAUCCCCCCAUUGGCUACUGAUGUGAGCAGUCUGAGUGUCUCCUCAACUGAAUUAAUGGGUAUACUGUCGUCAUCUGUACCUAUAGUGAUGUCUUCAUCUGUGAAGCCUUCAUCAGUUGAAUCUGCCAUUCCAGCACAAACUAGUACAACUGAAUUUACCAGCAUGACAACCUCUACUGUUAGCACUUCUGCUAGCAAAACCGGCCAUUCUGAAAUUACCAGCAUUACACCAGGUUUUUCUGCAUCCUCUUCAACCUCUGCUUUGGGUACCACUCCACAAGUUACAAUGGCAACCAUUCCAACUACCACAACUAGACAGUCCUACAUUUGUGAUAUCACAGUUCCUGAAAGAUACUUGGUGACAGCUGCACUGGCCCGGAAAUCUGUAUUAGAAAAUGUCAGCAAAUCCAUCAAAGAAAUCUUGAAAACUGAGUUUAGGAGAAAAGUAGAACUGGAGGUUUAUGGUCUUUCUCCCAAAUUCUCUUUUCUGGUGACCUCAGGCCCUUUUGUUUACACAGCAAUUGCUGUCAUCAAUGUUCUUGUGAAUAGCAGCCUACUUCAUGGUGAAAUACCUCUCAUUUCAUCAUUGCAACUUUCUUUACCUGUUCCAGAUCACAAGUUCCAGGUGCAGACUGUGCUUCAGUUUGUGCCUCAAAGUGUUGAUGUCCGGUUCUGUAACUUCAGCCUGCGCAUUGAAAAAGGACUGACAGUUGCAUUUAUGGAAGUGAGGAAACAUCACUUGGACAAUUCCAACUUCACUAUACAGAUACUGAACAUAACUCUGGGCGGAUUUAGAGCUGUCUUUCGUCAAGGCCCUGUGCAUAUUAUUUUUGCCAUUCGAGACAAACAUGGAUUUUUAAAUGGGUCUGAAGUCAGUGAACUACUGAGAAACCUGUCUGUGGUAGAGUUCAGUUUCUACUUGGGGUUUCCUGUGCAACAGAUUGCAGAACCUGUUUAUUACCCCCAGCUGAACACAUCUCAUCUGAUGAAAUCUUCCUGGGUGAGAACAGUUAUCUUGGGUGUCAUCAACUGGAAAAUUCAAGAGGAGGUUUUCCAGGCUGAAAUGGAGAGGAAGCUGGCCCAAUUGUUAAAUGAGGCCCUGAGCAGAGGGCGGAUAUGGAAAAGGGCAACAUUUGCUGGGAACAACGUUGUUCAGAUUGUGAAUAUGUCACGUUUAGAGGAACCUGACAACCCAGUUAUGCUGGUUUAUUUUGUGGAGGAUCAAGAUGGCGAAAGACUUGGUGCUGUGAAGACAGCUGAUCUGAUUAACAGAGUGGAUAUCCAAAGGGCUGCCAUCAUUCUAGGAUAUCGUAUUCAAGGUCCAGUGGCUCAGCCUGUAGAUAGAGUCAAAGAAUCUCCCCCAGAGUCACAAAACAAUCUUUGGAUUAUUGUUGGUGUUGCUGUCCCAGUAGCCAUAGUGCUGCUUAUCAUCAUCAUUUUGUACUGGAAGCUCUGCCGUACUGACAAACUGGAAUUUCAGCCAGACACAAUGAACAACAUUCAACAACGACAGAAGUUGCAAGCCCCCAGCGUGAAGGGCUUUGAUUUUGCAAAACAGCAUUUAGGCCAGCACAACAAAGAUGACAUCCUGAUCAUACAUGAGCCAACUCCUCUACCGGGACCAAUUAAGGACACCACCCCUUCUGAAAAUGGUGAUCUGCCGAGUCCCAAGACCAAGAUCUCUUCAAAGCCAUCCAAGAAUGUCCGACACAGAGGGAGGGUUUCCCCUUCUGAUGCUGACUCCACUGCAAGUGAACAGUCCAGUGGUCGUGAGACAGGAGAGGAAGCUUCAAGACCACAGACAGCUGUCAAUGAAGUCAAACCCCAUCGAGUCAAUAAGUCAGGAAUAAAUAGAGUGGGUCCUCCACAGAUCAGUAAUGGAACAGAACAACACUCCUCAGCCUCCAUCUUUGAGCAUGUGGACAGAAUGUCACGGUCCUCUGAAGUCAGCAGAAGGGUGCCUAGUAAGAUCCAGUUGAUUGCUAUGCAGCCAAUUGCAGCACCUCCAAUUCAGAAUCAACCGCUUUCUGAUCGAGUAGCAGAAACCAAUAAAAUUAACAAAGAGAUCCAGACAGCCUUGAGGCAUAAAUCUGAAAUUGAGCAUCAUCGCAAUAAGAUUCGGCUUCGAGCUAAGCGGAAAGGACAUUAUGAGUUUCCGAUUGUGGAUGAUAUGGUUAUUAUUGAUACCAAAGAGCAGCAGAGAAUGUAUCGAAAGGCACAGAUGCAGAUAGACAAGAUCUUGGACCCUGGUGGCAACAUGCCUACUGUUUUCAUAGAACCCAGGAAGAGUUCAAGGGCCAAAAGGUCUCCAAAGCAGCGUCGAAGGCAUCAGAUUAAUGGGAGUCCAAUGGAUGCUGACAGAGACCGACUAAUCACCACCGACAGUGAUGGGACUUACAAGAGGCCUCCUGGAGUCAACAACUCUGCAUAUAUUUCUGAUCCUGACCUUCCUGCUGAACCCCAGACAACUUCUUCAACUGAACUGGGGAAGUUCUCAGGCCUUCCUCCUCACACCUCUCAGUACAUCCCUCCUCAGCCGUCCAUUGAAGAGGCCCGGCAGACAAUGCAUUCUCUCCUGGAUGAUGCCUUCGCCCUGGUGGCCCCCAGUAGCCAAACAUCCAGCUCUGCUGCCAUCACACAUCCUGGAGGGUCUGGGGGACAGCCAACAAGCACUCCUGUUCGAACAGCAAGGGACACCCCGAGCAGCCAGUGGGGGUCACCAUAUGGCCAGGCUCACACGGUGAGCAAGCCUAAGUUUGAGUCAUUUCAAAGAUACAUGGAAUUUGGGAUGACUCCUCCAUCAAUGCCAGGCCUGUUGCAAAGGCAAAACCUGGGGCCAGGUUUUCUUCCUCCUGUUGAAUUAAUACAUCCAGACCAGCAGCCAUCUGAUGUUCAGUAUGCCACUAGAGGGAUUUAUCCAGAGGAAAUGCCAUCUGUGGCUCGGCCGCGACCAGUUGGAAGCACUGCAGGUUCUCAGAUACAGCACCUCACUCAGGUGGGAAUUGCUAGCAGGAUCGGAGGUCAACAAGUGGAGAUCCCCUCAGGCAGAGCAGGGCAUGGCCAGCCGGGGGAACCAGGGUGGCCCCCGUAUCGUGGAGAGGAUGAAUAUGCUAGGAGAGAUGCAACACAUAUGCCUGGACCUCAAGAAUAUUCCUCCUCACCAGUAUUCCCGAUGCCGAGGACUUCAGCUCGACAGCCCUCAGCGCCACCUGUUCAGCUUCCACACAGCAACCACCAGGGCCCGGGACAUUGCUACAACACCAGCUCCACUGAGGACCUCCAGCAGCCAGGCCACUCAUCGGCCUCUCUCAUCAAAGCAAUCCGAGAGGAGCUCCUCCGGCUCUCUCAGAAACAGACCAUUGUGCAGAACUUCCACAGCUGAUUUGUCAUGUUCCUUGCAAAUCUGCCAAGUAUCCGCUUCCUGUGGAAGCUGAGACUCACAGGAAAUCAGCAAGAGCCUGUUGUUGUUCUUCUCUCAGAGGAGUGGGCAUGUACAAUACCAGAGAUCAUGGGACAAGUGAAAAAGG